AUGGUUCAUAAGCGGGGGGUUCGGAGGAUUGUGGAAGCGACGGUGGAGAAAUGCGCUGUCACGGACGGCAGCAGUUUUGAGUUGUUGCUAUCUCGUCUGGCAGUCGGUCUUCGUGCCUUCGCAAGGGAGGAGGGUAAGCGGACUAAGGCAACGGCGACUCAUUUGGUCGACGUGGUUGCGGAGCUUCGCCAGGUGAUGAUGCGGGACCCGACCUGCAAAGCAACGAGCGAGAAGUUAGCGCUGAAAGAAACGCAGCUGAGGGAAUACCAGGCAUCGCGUAAGGACAAGCUUCACCUGAUGUCGGGUAUGCGGCUGGAGCUAAGAGGGGAAGUUGCAUCAGAGCACUUGACGGCGAUGGUGCAAGCGAGAAAGGCAAGUACCCAGAUCGCUGAGCUGCAAACAACGAGCGGCGUUGUCUCUGACUCUCAGGGUAUUCUUCGGGCGGCAUCAGCCUUCUUCGCUGAUAUCUUCGGAACGGAUCGUUGUCAGUUGGAAGAGCAAUGGAAACCUGAGAAGGGGAAAACGCUGCCGCCCUGGGAAGCGGCGGAAUUGUCAGCUGACUGGACAGAAGAGGAGGUGAAGCGGGCCUUCAGCGCAAUGGCUGCGAACAAAUCUCCGGGGAAAGACGGCUUACCGAAAGAACUGUUUGAGGCUCAUUGGGACUUGUUGGGAAAAGGCUUCAUGGCACUGGCGAGAGUCUUCGCAUCAUCAGCGACUCUCUCAACGGAGGUGAAGGAGGCAGUCACCAUCUUACUCCAUAAAAAGGGUGACAAGGACCAACUUAACAACUACAGGCCUAUCACUCUACUCAACUUUACCUACAAGGUGCUGGCGCGGGUCCUGGCAAACAGAAUGAAGAAGUUCUUGGGCAGAGUGAUAUCGCCGGAGCAGUAUGGCUUCUUACAGGGGAGGCGCCUGACAGACGCGGUGGGACUUGUGGCAGAUAUCAUUGACACGGCGCGGAGAGAUAACGAAGACUGGUUCCUCCUCCUUGUCGACUUCAAGAAGGCUUUCGACUCAGUCUCGCGGGGUUACCUCUUCCGGACGAUGAGAGCGAUGGGCUUUCCCGAUCGCUUCGUGAAGUGGGUGGAAGGCCUGCACGAGGGAACACAGACACGACUGUUAGUAAACGGCUGGAUGGGGGAUGGUGUGGAGGUGGUGUCCGGCGUCAGGCAAGGAUGUCCGCUCGCGCCAUACCUCUUUUUGUGUGCGGUUGAGCCCCUGGCGCAGGCGGUCAUCAAGCGGAAGAUGGGAAUCAGCAAGGCUAAUGAGCGGCUGGCGUAUAUCGGCUACGCGGACGAUACCACUCUGAUCCUGGAAGGGAAGCAGCAGAUCGUGAGAGCAGAACAGGUGUUGGCGAAGUUCGAGCUGACAUCCGGAUUAGCGACGAAUCGGGAAAAGUCGGUUAUCUUACCUCUGGGGAAUAAUCUUGGGAGGACGACCGGGCGGACCCAUAACUUCCGGUGGGCGAAAAAAGAUGAGGCGGAGAAGCUGCUUGGUGUAUGGAUCACCCCCUCCGGAAGCUGCCUGCCAACAUGGGAGAAGACUGCAGAGGACAUGUCAGGGAAAGUCAAAAAGUGGGAGCUGAAAUACCUUCCAACGACGGCACGGUCGGCGGUGGUCAACAGCUACUCAAUGCCGAAGGCGGCCUUCCAGGCGCAAGUCUAUCCGCCUCCUGCGAAGCUGUGGGGCACAAUCUCCAAGACAUUUCAGAAUUUUGUCUCUGGCAAUAGAGCAACGGCUGACAGGGGGUUUUGA